CUACCUUUACUCAUCCAUCACCAUUGCUGAAGCCACUUUAAUUUGCUCUAUUAAUACUUCACCAGUUUUUAUUUUAUGUAUGGAUGCUUUUAUGAUGAUGAAUUGGUAAGUCCUAUUAUAUAACAUUUGAUUGAAAGUGCAUGACACUGAAGCAGUCUCGUCUUCCUUAGCUGACUGUACCUUGUAUUGCCAGAGUCCAAUCAAUUUCUGAACAAAUUUUGCUGCAAUUAUGAUAUUAUAUUUUGGGUCUGUGCACCAACCCAUGAUAAAUUUGUCUCAGUCAUCACCAAUUCAUGGAGAAAAGUCGAUCAUAUUAACUGCUACCACAUAUCUACUCUCAAAAUCGAAAUCUCAGGGUUCUUGGGAGUAGCUUGAUUUUUCACAUACAUUAGUAUAUUUAUAAUGCUAAUCUAUUUCAAAGACAUGUUUCCAACUCUUGCAUCAACACAUGGCUGCAAAACAUAAUUGACAAUCUUUGUGAUAUUCAAUAAAAUAAUAAUAUAAGUCACCAAAAGUACUUUCUGUUGCUACUAAAGCAACAAAUAACUUAUGCCGAGUAGCCAUGCAAUGCAAACAAGAAAACUGAACUUAGCAAAGGAUCCAAAAACGAAAUCAACCAACAAAUGAGUAUCCAGAACACGCAAAAGACCACAGCAUAAGCAUGAAACUAGUAGCUAUAGUCUGCAAACGAUUUCAAAACUUCCAUUGCUACGAAAAUUUUUUGGGAGCCUAAUAGGCUUCAAACUUCUCUCAUCAAUUUUUCAACUAGACUGCAUGUGAUAGAUUAUUUAUUCUAAAAGAGCUGUGGACUAUGACUAUGUGCUUAACUUGAAAUUUUAUAAUUAGUUAUAUCGGACAACUUAGAAAAAAGUUUUGGAAUACUACAAUGAUGAUCCACAUGGAAAUAUUUGUCCUCCAGAUAAAUCUGAAUAUCUGAUUUUGGUAGAAGCAUAUUUGAGAUUCUCCAUAUUGACAUUGCCAAUAUUGUCUUUUGCCAACUCCAGUGUAUGAAGUUAAGCACAUGCAUGUGUUAGAUGCUUUGAAUUAACAUGAAUGAUAAAUUUUCAUUUUUGAUAGUAAUAUUUUAGAUAAUCUUUGUGCAUAUCUUUCUACAGAGGAUAGAUAGUCUUUAAAAGAGAUUUAGAAGAAGUGCAACUCAAAAACAGGGUGCAUCUAUUGGCUUGUCAAACACUAUGUUUAUAAACCCAUCCAUUUUUUUAAUUUGGGCUCAUGAUAUCCCCAUCAUCUUGGACCCUAGACCCCGCAGUGGUGGGAGCCUCGUGCUCUAAGCCACAUCUUUUUUUGAAACAUAGAAACAACCUCUUUGUAUGUGGAGGUAAGGCUGCAUACACCCCAGGCGCAAUGGUAAGGUUGCUCCACUAUGACCUAGGUGUCACGGGUUCGAAAUACAAAGUGUCUCCGCAUGCGGAGAUAAGACUACAUACAUAUGACCCUCCCCAAAGCCCACAGUGGUAGGAGCCCUAUACAUUAGGAUGCCCUUUUAUUCCCCUAUCAUCUUGAAGGAGACUUCUCUUGUACCUUUUGUUAAUGAAUAGCUGAUGUUUAAAUCCUCAAAGAAAAAGAAAUGCAAAAGGUACCAACAAAAAAAAGAUAAAGCUAUGUUUAUUUAGCAGUAUCCUACAAGUGGAGAUGGUAAGCAAUAAACAAUUACACAAAACUACUUCAGUUGAUUAUAUUUUUUAAGAUCAUAGUUGUAUAGUCCCUGCUUUGUACUGUUCAUGUAAGUGCUAUGGAAUUAUGGAUCCUAAGUACCUUGAAACUUAUCUGGCAUCCUUCAAUGGUGGAGUAGGAGUAUCAUGUUUGCCAACCUUAACUUGGAUAUGGUAUCUUCUAGUAAACAUAUAAUUAUAUGAUGUCUAGUUUAAUACAAAAACUGUAUCAAUUUUCAGUUGUGUCUAAAACGUAUUAACACAUUUUGCUUGUUAUAAAAUCGUACCUUACUUUUAUGCUAUAUUAUGAUCAGGGCUAUCAUGCCCUGAAGUUUUAUAAACUAUAUGUUGUUGUGUUGAGGUGUCAAUUUGAUGGCUUGGAGAAACAAGGAUAAAUCUAGAAAUAAAUUUAGUAAUGAUGGCUCAGAUAUUAUGAUAUAGCAUAUGAGUAGAUAGGCAGCAGAUUGUGUAAUAUGAUCAAGUGUGAUGUAAGAUACUCCAGUAAUAAGAGAGGCUUAGGACAUGCAUAUAAGCAAUCUAGAAUGAGGACCUUAGAAAAUAUGGCCAGAAUUUUUUAGACAGGAUCUGACGAAGCUUCCACUUAAAUGUAAGAUGCAGUUGUUUUUAGGUAAAGAAUUGCUUAAAGAUCUUUUUAAGCAAUCUAAAAUAUAGCAUUGGGAAUGCAAAUUACAUGUUAGAGCAAGGUUGGCAGAACCAUUCCGAAUCGAGCGGUUUGGAGAGUACCGAGCUGUACCGGUGGCGGACCGGGACGGUUCUAGCAACCGAACGAAAAUUAUCCGACGGAGGGGGAGAAGGAAAGAGAGGAAGAGAGAGAGAGAGAGGGAGGAGGAAGGGAGCGAGACGGAGAGGAAGGAAGAGAGGGUUGUGGAGGCCGGCGAGCCGCAGAGGAGGGGCUCCGCCUCCGGGUCCCCUCCUUUGCCUCCUUCGUGCGGCUCGCCGGCUACCGCCGGCCUCCGCCACCCUCCUCUCUCCCUCCCUCUCUCCCCCUUCUCUCUCUCUUUCUCUCUCCUAUUCUCCCUCUUCCCCACCUCCUCUAUUGUAUCGGGAUGGGCCCGACACAGAAAGUAUGGGGGUGUGCCGACCCGUGCUGCUAAGCAACCGGUCUGGGCUCCGGUUUCGGCACAACAGACCUUGUGUUAGAGGAAGUACGGAUUGUUGUGACCCCCUAUCUUAUCAAAAAUUUUUACUAUUUUAAAUAAGUUGAUGAAUAAUUUUUUCACUUUGACUGUUACUUCUCUCUCUUUCUCUCCCCUACUCCCCACCCCCUCCCCUCUUCUCUCUCUCAUCUUUCUUAAAGAUCUAGCAAGGCUUGAGCCGAGAGUGGUGAAGAUGGAGUCUUUGAAGCAACUAUUAGUGAUUUUAUCAUUAUUAUAAUUUGUAUUUGUGGAUGGGUGACUCAAGCACACUUGCCAAGGGCCAAUUCAAGUCCUUCUGUGAGGUAGUGCUUAUGGCCUAAGGCUAUGGUUCUCAUAGUAUAUAUAUUUUAAUAUGUUUUGCAUUUGUCUGAACCUUGUCGGUUUUCUCAAGAUUAAUAACUGAUUUUGUAUUAUCUUGGACUUCCAAAUGCUUUAUGCUACACAUAUAAGGUUUAUCUAGAUGUUUAUAAGCUCUACUCUUUCAGAUGAUAAUACUACCAUUUUAAAAUCCACCUGUCCUAUGAUGAUGCUUGCAUCAAGGAUGAACUAAGCCAUGAGCAUUUGGACUCUGUAUCUUCAUCCUUUUACAGUGGCUAAUGUUUCUCUACUGCAUGCUUAUGAUAAUCAAAAAACACUGCUUUUGCUUGGAGUAGCUUUGACAACAGGUGGACCUUCUUGCAGGAAUUAUGAAUGUACAACCCAAAUUAUAUUCGACAACCAUAUAUAGUAGUGUUAAACAAGAUUGACCUUCCAGAGGCUCGAGAUAAGCUGCCAUCAUUGGUACAAGAAGUCCCCAAGAUUGGAUGUAGAGAGGCACCUAACUUAGAAAUGAGGCAGGAAUUAUCUACUGAAAGUAAAGAUGUGCACAUACUUUCCUCAGGAGCUAGUAAGGAAGAGUCAAAGGACAAGGGGAUAGAGGAUUAUCCAAGACCUCUUGCAGUUGUGGGUGCUAGUGUUUUAAAACUCAUUGGCAUUGAUGAAAUGCUGAGGGAGUUAAGGGCAGCCCUAAGGAAAUGCCAAUAUUUAGAAAAGGCACUACAAACAAAAAAAGCGCAAGAAAAUCAUCGCUUAAUUGCCGAUACCUAUGAGCAAAAGAAACCCAAAUUGCCUACAUUGUUAAGAUGGAUGAUCCUGGGCAGGGGCAAUCACUAGUCAUGAGUGCAGUCCAAGUACCCUAUCUUGCCAUGCCAUACCAAGCCAACCAAAUGAUGGACAGUACUGCACCAGUCUCAUCUGGGCAGCUAACAACUGCUUCUCGGGCGCAGCUUAACCAGCACCAACUCUCUUAUCAGCACAUCCACAAGCAACAGCUGCAGCAGCUGGACCAGACACUUCAAAUGUUCUGGGCGAAUCAGUAUCAGGAGAUCAGGGCAACCACAGAUUUCAAGAACCAUAGCCUUCCAUUGGCCAGGAUUAAGAUCAUGAAAGCAGAUAAGGAUGUCGUAAGAAAAUAUAAAAUAGAUAAAUAAAUCUACCUCAUCCUAUUUUAACAUGGUAUCAGAGCAGAGGUUCUAAGUUCGAACCCUGUUUCUGCACUCUUUAACCCAAUUAUAAAAAAAUUCAUAUAUUGGGCUCACCCAUUAAAGAAAAGUUCGGCCCACAUGUGAGGGGGGGAGUGUAAGAAAAUAUAAAAUAUAUAAAUAAAUCUGCAUCGUCUUACUUAAGCUUUUGGGACAAAUGGUGAUUUUAAUAGAUGUAAGGAUGAUAGCAGCAGAGGCCUCUGUACUGUUUGCACGGGCGUGUGAGAUAUUCAUCCUGGAGCUGACGUAAUGCUCGUGGGUUCAUACUGAGGCAAACAAGCGAAGAGCACUGCAGAAGAAUGACAUUGCUGGGGCAAUCACAAGAUCAUAUGUCUUUGAUUUUUUGGUGGACAUUGUGCCAGGAGACGAUCUCAAGGAAGAAGUGAAUGCUAAUGACUCUAUUUCAUAUUAUUAUGCUGGGAAUCAUCAUGUGUAAGCCUGAGGUGGAUCAGGGCUUGCUCUAUGCCCAACAGCCUCAAUCUUACAUGCCUCGGCAAUUCUGGGAGUAGCAGCAGAAAACGCAGCAGCAGCAGCAGCCUAGUGAGGAUUGGUGAUCAGGGAAUUGGGAGAACCACAGCAGAGAAUGUGAAACAUUAAGUUGCAGUAUUUAUCAACAACGGCCCCCUUUAAACUUGCAUUUCGUAUAGGUAUUCUUUUACUAUUUCUUUGCUGAAUUUACAAAACCAUGAUGAUUUUUUCUCUGUAUUUUGGUUUGUUUUCUAAGUGCAAGAUGUAAAUGUACAUAUAGGAGGCUGCAAUGGCAUAAAUAAUUUUAUCUUCUUCAGGUUUAUGAAGGAAAUUUGAUCAUUUGUCA